AUGGAGAGUGACCAGUCUUCCGCCUCACCUGGGCAGGACAUCCAGGGGCAGAGUGGGGACAGAGCUGCCCCUGGCCUGCCAUCCCCUGCUCCAGCCCCCAUGGAGCAGCCAGGCAGCUGGCCCCAAGCAGCCACGUGUGACAUCUCAGAGGAGCUGAGCCGGCAGCUGGAGGACAUCAUCAAAACCUACGGAUCUGCCACCAGCCUGAUGGAGAAGGAAAGCACUGCUGCAGGAACAGACAGGCCUGAGAAGGGAGAGCCAGGCAGCUUGGAGGAUGCAGAGUAUGAAGAUGGAAAUGAAGAGAGUGAGAAAGAGAAGCUGGCUCCUGGAGAUGCCUCCAAAGCAAAGGAGCCCAGCGGCAACAAGGAGCAGAAGCUGGAGAAGAAAAUCCUGAAGGGACUAGGAAAAGAAGCCACCCUACUGAUGCAAAGUUUGAAUAAGCUGAGUACUCCAGAAGAGAAGCUGGACCUGUUGUUUAAGAAGUACGCUGAGCUGCUUGAAGAACAUCGUGCUGAGCAGAAGAAGCUGAAGUAUCUACAGAAGAGGCAGGCCCAGAUCACCAAGGAGAAGGACCAGCUGCAGAGUGAGCACAGCCGAGCCAUCCUCGCCCGCAGCAAGCUGGAGAGCCUGUGCCGGGAGCUCCAGAGGCACAACAAGAACCUCAAGGAGGAAACAAUCCAGCGGGCACGGGAGGAAGAUGAGAAGAGGAAAGAAAUAACUAAUCACUUCCAGGGCACCCUGAGUGAAAUCCAGGCUCAGAUCGAGCAGCAGAGUGAGAGGAACAUGAAGCUCUGCCAGGAGAACACGGAGCUGGCCGAGAAGCUGAAGAGCAUCAUAGACCAGUACGAGCUGCGGGAAGAGCACCUUGACAAAAUAUUUAAGCACAGAGAACUUCAACAAAAACUGGUGGAUGCCAAGUUGGAACAGUCUCAGGAAAUGAUGAAGGAAGCCGAGGAGCGACACCAGAAAGAGAAGGAAUAUCUCCUGAACCAAGCUGCAGAAUGGAAGCUCCAGGCCAAAAUGUUAAAGGAGCAAGAGACUGUCCUGCAGGCACAGAUCACUCUGUACUCUGAAAGAUUUGAAGAAUUUCAGAAAACGUUGGCCAAAAGCAAUGAAGUGUUUGCCACAUUCAAACAGGAGAUGGAAAAAAUGACAAAGAAAAUGAAGAAGUUAGAAAAGGAUACUGCUACAUGGAAAUCCAGGUUUGAGAACUGUAACAGAGCAUUACUGGACAUGAUUGAAGAGAAAGCCAUGAGGUCCAAGGAAUAUGAGUGCUUUGUGCUGAAAAUCCAGAGACUAGAGAACCUCUGCCGUGCUCUGCAGGAAGAGAGAAAUGAAUUGUACAAAAAAAUAAAGCAAGCACAGUUCCCAGAAGAGGUGAAUGGAAAUGGCAUCUUAGAAGAAGAAGAAGAAGAAGAUGAUGAAGAAGAUGAUACUAAAACAACGCCUUCCCCCUCUGAGCAGGAGAGCAUUGAGCUGCAUGAGAGUGACAAGAGGAUGCUGAAGCAGCUGGCUGAAGCUUUCAGGGUGUCCCACAGGGCAGAGGAGUCCCUCUCAAGCAACAGCAGCAAUCCAGAGCCCUGUGACACUCAAACAUGUAAUGCCAUCCUGGUGCCAGAACCUCCUGCUCCUCUCACUCCACAUUCAGAGUCUGGGAAAACCUGUGAGCAGCCCAGCACGAGCACACCAGCACCCACUGAACACACAGCAGCACCCACUGAAAGUAUGACAGUGCCCACUGAGAACGGGUCAAAGCCCACCAAAAGCACGCCCUCACUUCCAGACAGGGUGCCAACACCCACAGAAAGUGUGCCAGUGCCUCCUGAGAGUGUGCUUGUCCCCACUGGGAACAUGCCAAUGCCCACUGAAAGCAUGCCAGCAACCCCUGAAAACAUGCCAACCCCCACACAAAGCACACCCAUCUCCCCUGGGAAUAUGCCAGUACCCAUUCAGGGCCCACCAAAGGCUGCAGAAUGUGUGGAUGGCCCAGCAGAUAGAUCUGUCCAGGGGCAGUCUGCGAAGCAAACAGGGGACACAGACAUGGAAGCAGUGGAUUGAAGACACCAUGUGCCCAGGUUUGUCUUCUGCAAACCAGAGCUCUGCUUCAUCCUCUAAAUUGAUACCUUUUUUUUUUUUUUAAGAAACAAAAAU